UCUUCUUAAAUGCCAUGCGCUUUUCGGAGGAGCAUUGUUCGUUGCUUGGCCGCUCGUCUCUCUGUGCCCGUGCCAUGGAUUCUAUAUGACGUGGUAUGCGCCUUCCAACUGCUCGACGAAAUGCCCGACCGAUGGUUUCGCUCCUAGUCGCCCCUAACCACUCUCUCGUUCCGCCCAGACUCGCCGGAGAUUGGAACUCUCGCGCCGUCCCUCUCACUCUUGUCGUCAAGGUUCGAACGAGAGCGUGUAGGCGAAGCGUGAAGGGGUAUUCUUUUGGGCUCAGGGAGUUGGAGAGAAGGCACUACGAGGAGUCCUGGUGUUGUCGUUCCGAGGGUUGGGAAAGCGAGGGGGAUUCGGAGUUGGAGGCGGAGAUUUUUGAGUUCAUGAAGAAAUCGGCGAAGCCGAAGGUGUUCCCGAGCAAGAAAGAGUUGGCGGAUGCCGGUAGGAUGGAUUUGGUAGAGGCUGUAUUGAAACGAGGCGGUUGGCUUUCUCUCGGUUGGGAUUUGGAUACUGGCAAGGAGGAAGAAAAUGUUCGAGAAAUCAACGUAACUGCAGGAUAUUGUGAUGAUGAGCAAGUCAGUGCUGAAAAAAUUGAUGCAACGGACUCUCAACAUAGAGCCGAGAGUCGUCAAGGGAGUAACUCUUCCGAGGCAGGUGGCGAAGUUACGCCUAAUUCUUCUUACUCUCCUUCGUCUUCUGGUAGAUCACUUGAAAUGGAAGACAGGGAUGAAACGGGUGUUGAAGGUAUAUUGAAUCGGUUGGAGAAAGAGAGAAAUUUAUCUUUUGGCAUUAAUUUGGGCAAAGUGGGAUAUUCUGCCCAGGAAAUGAGUAAUUACGACGGACAUGAAGAUGACUCCUCUGUUGAAACCUCAAAAGACACGGGUGACAAAUUUAACCAUGUCAGAUCUGUCUCAAAUUUUGACGGUCCCAGGAGCUUACUGAAGCCAGAAACGUGGAGAACAUGGAGCAUACACCGGGCAGGCUUAUCAAAUGUGGAAUUUGAGGCGGCUGAGAUUUCUUUUGACAACAACAAAAUGCACGAGGGAAAGGAUGUUUCAAGGAAUGAAGUACUUGCAAUAGCAAAGGGUUCGGGUGAAGCCAUGGACAAGAGGAAAAAUAUGAGUCACAAUGAGAUAAGGUCUCGCAUUCAGCACCUGGAGCUUGAGCUUGCAUCUGCACUUCACUUAUUGAGGUCCAAUAAUGAGCAAUUUGCUCCCAAAGAGGGUAAAAAAAUUGAUGAUUUGGGGAGGCUCUCUGAUGCUUGGGAGUUCCAGGAAAAUGAAAUCAUGAAUGCUCAGAACAGGUUGCGCUCAAUACGUGCAAAGUUAGCAGUGUUAGAAGGGAAGAUGACACUUGCAAUUAUUGAUGCACAAAAGAUAGUAGAAGAGAAGCAGAAGCUGAUUGAUGGUGCUCGUGGGGCCUUACAACUUCUUCGUACCACCUGUGUAGUUUGGCCAAAUUCUGCCUCUGAGGUUCUGUUAGCAGGAUCUUUUGAUGGUUGGACCUCUCAGAGGAAGAUGGAGAAAUCAAAGAACGGUAUUUUUUCGGUGUGCCUAAAGUUGUAUCCAGGUCAAUACGAGAUCAAGUUUAUAGUUGAUGGUGUAUGGAAGACUGAUCCACUGCGCCCUAUUGUCCACAACAACGGAUUCGAGAAUAAUCUUCUCCUUAUCUCAUAGAGGCAAGCCAUGGAUCCAUGGGGAGUGACAAUGGGUGCACACUCUCCUGAAA